AUUCACAUGAGAAUGAUGAGUCUUUAAAUGAAAAUACAACUCAAAUGGUUAAGAGUUGGAUAGUGUCUGAUAUGAGUACUAAGUGGAGGCAAUGGAAGAAUUUUUUGAAGUCAAAAUAUUAUGAUGAACACAAGACAGUAGAGGAAAUGGCCUCAAAGAUUGAUGAUCCUCGAGUAGACAAACAACAUUUUUUGGUAAUUGCUACUUAUUGGUUGACUGACAAAGCGAAGGAACUUAUGAAGAAAGGAUUAAGUGAAAGUAAUUCACAAGAUCCUAAAAGGUGUUCAUGGGAAAAUGAUGUGUAUUCACAAGUUAAAGGACCAGAGAAAAGAGGGUGUAUUCGUUGUAUGGGAACAAUUUCUACUUCAUCAAGCAAGUCUGGUCCUUCAUGUUCUCAAAUCAUAUAUCAUAAUGAAGUACAAGAUUUGAAGGCUGAGGUUCAAGGAUUGAAGGAAGCUUUAACUACUGUGAUUUCAUUAUUUCAAAAGCAAUUUUCUAAUGAGAACAUGGAGGUUCUAAAUGCUGUGACUCGCAUAGUCAAUGGAGAGGUACCUGAUGCUUCUAGUGCUCAACAAACGCCGCGUGGGAAUAAUCAUUCUCAUGAAUCAAGUCAUUAAGUAAAUCCAAAUGCAUCAAGUGAUGCCAUUUAGAAGAUGACAUCGGUUCUAUUUGGGAAAAUUCUUGUUGUUUUAUUGGGUUGUUAGACAUGAAAUGAAAGUAGUUUAUUUUUGUGUUAGAUUUGAAAUUGAGGGAAGAACUCUUGGUUGUCAAGA